UUUGGGUACUUGGAAGAAGUGGUGACGCAGCUUCAAGACGCCAAUAUUUCGCUGUCUGUACCAGAGGUGGCUGUUUUGCUGCCUUGGCCUCUGCUUGCUGAUCCAAUGGCACGUUUCUUUGCCGUUUCGACUAAGCAAUGCAAACGUCUUGCCAAUCUGCUGCGUGCCCUCUGCAACAUCUUUCCAUCAGCGCAGAUAUUCUCAGCACUGAUGGAGGGACUGGCUUCGGUGACUAGUUCGAGACUUCUGUGUGAACUCAUUUCACUGGCCUCUGGUCUUAUGACAAGAUUUGCCAGCAUCAUCCGUCCUUCGGCUCCUGAAAUCAAGUUAAUGGUUCAGCACCUCGGAUCCGCUGAUCCAGAUGUUCGCAAAGCUGCCCUUGAAGGUUGUCAAGCUGCUACCGGCAUCUAUACCCCCGAACAGAUCAGCGCCAUGGCUGGAAAGGUAGGCUCUUUGAAAGCCCUAAUCACUGUUUAUGGAGAUUUACAAAGUCUGCCCCGGGAACGCGAUGGGUGUGGGAGACGAGAUCAGGGCUCCUACACUCUAACCUACAGCCAAUGCACGCCACAACUGCUUCUUUGGGCUGUGGUUGUCCCUGUCGAGUACGACGAACAAAUACAUCCAGUCCUAAUGCUUCGGUAUCGUCACAAGUCUAAUCUCUCUUUUUCUUUAAAUAUAUGCCCACAUACACAGCUGACCGAUCGCGACAGAUCGCUUUUGGAGGACUGCUUCAAACGCACCGUACCAUGCUCUGCAGCAAUGGGCUCCUCCUUCACGGGCGAUUAUACAACUCCGAAACGUCCCUUGACGGCCAGAGAACAAAACUGUUCUUUCUCAAACGGCCCCAACAUUAUGAGAUCCGUAAGCAGGAGUCACCUCAGUAUUUCGGUGCCCCCAAUGACGACUAUGGAGGAGGAAAGCGAUGAAAUGAUCGUUCAGGCUGAACGAAAACCCAUAAUCGAAGUUCUUCAAAACGGCAGUGAACGUGACUCUUGCAGCAUGGUCGAAGGUCUGGUCUCCGACCUCCUCACUGCCAUACCCGACUCAGAGUGGGAUAUCGGCCGAGCCUUCUUCGCCAUGUCACACUUGGAAUUCAUAAAUCAAACCGUCUCCACACGCGACCUUCUGCUUCCCCAUGCCUCCAACAUAAUCACCCGUUUGGGUAUCCAGUUGAGCCUUGUGGCCCUUGGUAUCAUUCCUCAGUUAAGACUGCGUGCUGAAGACUUUGCCCUUUUCGUCCAGGCUAACUGUGGCUGUGCUAUUCAGCUGUUUAGGACUUCCUUUGUGACCCGUCAACUUCCCCCCAACGCGCUAGCCCAUUUGAUAGCUGGCCUGAUCCGUGUUCAUUCAAUUUUUGGUCGACUGAGCAUGGGUGCUUUCGUGGCCGAUGGGUCCUGCCUCUCUGAAUUCCGCUCCCUGGAGUCGUGCAAAUCCAUUCAGGAUGAUGUAUUCUGCACACUGAGCUAUCUUCAUACGAAACUUUGCGCAGAAAACACUGCCAGUUAUGCCACGGGCCUACUGCAGCUGUUGGACGCCACUUGGGAAGGUUUUGAUAUGAAGGACAAACAGGAGGACCCAUUAAAGUCUACUGCUCAUCUGCACCUCGAAUGUCUCCGUCAGGCCAUUGAGCGGUUAGAAGUGGAAAGUAUUGAGGACUCUGGUAAGGCCGCCUUUCACUCCCCCCUUCCUCUUUCGGACAAGUAG